AACGCUGAUUCUUCUCGCUCGAGGCAGUACUGGAACACUGUGGAAGAAGAAGAAGAAGAAGCAGUGAUGGAAGACAUAGACGAGGACCAACGUCGUCGUUUAAAGCUUGAAGAAGCUCUUGAAAUUCAAUCCCUUAGACGCAUCAUUAGUGCUUACCUCAACUAUCCUGAUGCCGCAGAUGAGGAUGUUAGAAGAUAUGAGAGAUCUUUUAGGAAGCUUCCACCUGCCCAUAAGGCUCUGUUAUCCCACUAUCCUCUAAAGUUUCAAAGAUUGCGCCGGUGUAUAUCGUUGAACUCUCAUUUCAUAUUCAGCAUGCUUCAGGCAUUUGAACCUCCACUUGAUAUGAGUCAGGACAUAGAUUUAAAUGAAGAUCAACAUCCUGAAUAUGGCCAAAAAGACCAUUUAGGCCGUGAAGGGAUUAAUUCUUGUUCAUGUGAGUCAGCCCCAUUGAGAAUAACAUGUUCUGUAUCUAAUCGACAUGGUUGUGUGGAAGGCAGCAAUGAUUCAUACAGAUCAUCAGUACUGGCACAUCCCGAUGAGGAGGUAAACAUUGAGAGUCACCAUCAGUCAAAUACUGGUAGCAAUCCUUCAAACAUGAUACAUACUAAAGAGACUAGUGAAUAUGGUGGAAGUGCUAUUGCUGAUUCCAAUGGAAAUAUCACAGAUACCUCAUCGCAGCAACAAUGGUUGGAUCCAUCUUUUCAACUGAAUGUUCCUUUAGUUGAUGUGGAUAAGGUGCGGUGUAUUAUAAGGAACAUAGUUAGGGACUGGGCCGUAGAGGGUCAGAAGGAACGUGAUCAGUGCUACAAACCUAUUCUUGAAGAGCUUAAUAUCUUAUUUCCUAAUCGCAGUAUAGAGAGUCCACCUGCUUGUUUAGUUCCUGGUGCUGGACUAGGUCGGCUGGCUUUGGACAUUUCAAGUUUAGGAUUUAUCUGUCAGGGAAAUGAAUUUUCAUACUACAUGAUGAUAUGCUCAAGUUUUAUUCUUAACCAUUGCCAAACUGUUGGUGAGUGGACAAUAUACCCUUGGAUUCACAGCAAUUGCAAUUCACUUUCAGACAGUGACCAACUCCGUCCUGUUUCAAUACCAGAUAUUCAUCCUGCCAGUGCAGGAAUUACUGAAGGCUUUUCCAUGUGUGGAGGUGACUUCGUUGAAGUCUACAGUGAUCCAAACCAAAAAGGUGCAUGGGAUGCAGUUGUAACUUGUUUCUUUAUAGAUACUGCUCACAAUAUUGUUGAGUACAUUGAAAUUAUUUCACAAAUUUUGAAAGAUGGAGGAGUAAGUUCUUUAAUUGAAAUUCAAAUAGAUCUUGUGUAUCUCUUUUUUUUCCUUCCUCAUCCAUUUGUUCUCUUGUUGCCAUUCUCAUUUCAAUAUUAUCCUUCAUACUUGAUGAAAUUGACACCAUCACAGGUUUGGAUAAAUCUGGGCCCUCUACUUUAUCACUUUGCAGAUACAUAUGGCCAAGAUGAUGAAAUGUCCAUUGAAUUAAGUUUGGAAGAUGUUAAAAGGGUUGCAUUGCAUUAUGGAUUUGAAUUUGAGAAAGAAAGGACUAUUGAGACAACCUACACAACCAAUCCUAAAUCAAUGAUGCAAAAUCGUUACUUUGCUGCAUUUUGGACAAUGAGAAAAAAACCCGCAGCCGCUCAGCAGCAACUGCCCUGAGAAGAGGGGACAUUAUUGUUGUGAUAUAAGUUAAUAAAUCAAUAAAUUAAUUUUCUGUUACUCGAGAUGCUUUGUACGUUUUCUUGAUCAAGUGGUGAAUAUCCCCGUGUUCGUGAAAUCUUGAUGAUUUGUCUUCAUUGGAAAGUUUUGUCACAUUUGUUAAAGAACUGUGUAUCAUGAAUAUUUGUUUUUGACAGUGAGAUGCAUGCUAAAGUAUGCAUUGUUAGAUACUGUAGACUAAUCCCUUUGCUUGCAAGUGACACAAGCGCCAGUUUCAUGAACAUGCACUUGUAAUUGCUACUUUUUUUUUGUUUUUUAGUUUUCUGAGAUAUUAGAGCUAACUUGGUUUGAGUAAA